AGAAAACUACCCAAAUUUAAUAAGAACGAAAGAAAGAAAAGGAAGAAAAAAGAAAGAAAAAGAAAAGAGUUUCUGGACAUUAGUCUUUUUUUUCAUGCCAAGUUGCAGAUUUUUUCGGUGUUUUUCUCGGGUUUCAGAGGUUUAAAUGCUCGUGAACGGAGUCUGAAUGAACGCGUAAACUGAUGUUGCUCCCGGUGUUAAAGGGUUAAUAUUUGUUGUAGCUGUUUAUGUCAUUUUCAGCCACUGAGGUCGAUACAGGAGAGAUUCUUUAACACCUCUUCAAUUUUCCUUUUUCAGCUAGCUGUUCUGUGAUUGGCUGACUGCUGACAUCAGUGUAAAGAUGGCCCACCUCUUCCUCGCCAGUAAGAUCGCCAUGCCGGACGACCUCCACAGCAAAGCCGGCAGGAUCCCCAGAGGCGCCGUGAGGAUGCCGACAUCCAUCUCUGCCGAGAAGCUGAGCCGGGAGAAGGCCAGGAAGGACCGCGGCGUCGUCGUGACGACACACGUCCCGCACGUCAACGAGAUCCAGCUGACGGCAGCCACAGGUGGCGCUGAAAUGUCCUGCUACCGCUGCAUGGUGCCGUUUGGCGUUGUCGUACUCAUCGCCGGAGUCGUGGUCACGGCGGUGGCGUACACCUUCAACUCGCACGGGUCCACCAUCUCGGUGCUGGGGCUGGUGCUGCUGUCUGCUGGACUGGGCCUGCUGGGAUCCAGCGCCGUCUGCUGGAGGAUCCGACUGAGGAAGAAGAGGGACAAGCGGAGGGAGAGUCAGACCGCCCUCAUGGCGAGCCACGGUUACUGCGUGGCCUGAGCGGCGUGGAGUUUAAGUUACGUUGGUGGUUCAGGCUGUGAACAUAAAACGCACCUCACCGACAAAGUUUAACUGGGACAUAAACUGGUGGACUUUGCAUUUUCGUAAAGUGCGUCUCGCCUUCACGCUGCAGGCGAGAAAACUCUGCAAACGACGCCUUAAAGGACGAGACGAUGGUCAGAGCGAAGGACGAGUGUUUGGACACAUUUGGACCUGCAGGCUUUAAACUCCAGACCGGAAGCCGAACUCUGACACGAGUCUGAAACUUGAGCAAAUUUGCUCAAUUUCUUUCAAAUAUAUGAGAAGAAGGCAACAAGCAACUAACAAAGGAAAUG